GUGUGUGAGAGAGAUAGAAGAGUGUGUGUGUGUGAGUGAGUUCGCGGCCCGCGGGUGCGCGCACGGUCCUCGGGGAGGACACGUGAACGCGGCUGAAGCUGGUGCCCGGAGAGUGUGGAGUGAGUGAGAGGAUCCCGAGCUGUGAGUGUCCGGCGGGUUCGCCUCCUCCUCCUCCUCCGUGCGGGCGCGCUCGUGCACGGGUCGGAUUAAACUUGAGCCGAAAUUAAAGCACAAAGGAGAAAAUAAAGAGGAGCGAGAAAGAGAGAGCCGAGGAGAAAGAAGAAGAAGAGUCCGGGACGGACCGGGAUAGAGAGAGAGAGAGAGAGAGAGAGAGAGAGCUCCAUACAGGAGGGAAGAAGGUGGAGUGUGGGAACAGAGCGGCCACAUCUUCCCCCUCCUCCCACCACACACAGGAGGGGGAGAGGAGGACACCGGCUGCCCCGUCCACUCCGGGCGAGACAAUAGGGCGCUGUGUGCCCGGGACACCACCGACUGCGGGAGCAGUUGCCAGACUGUCUGACACUGAAGGGUCCGAAAGAAUUAAGAAAAUAUGGAAUGACAUGUAAGAGAUUAGCCAAGGAUUAACAGCUCUGAGGACAAACGCCUCACUCGUGAGGUGAAGCACAAUCUUGCGCUUGUGGCUCUAAAGAGCACUGUGCAGAAACAAGAUGGCGGACCCUGGCAUGAUGAGUCUGUUUGGGGAAGAUGGAAAUUUAUUCAGCGAAGGCCUGGAGGCCCUUGGGGAAUGUGGUUUUCCAGAAAGCUCUGUCAAUUCUUUGGCACAACAAAUGCCUAUGGAUCAGGGUUUUGGUUCAUUGCAAUCUCCUCAUCAUCAUAACCCCAGCAGUCAAAACCAAGCAAAGCUGACCCACUUUGAUCACUAUAACCAAUACGAGCCUCAGAAAAUGCACAUAAUAGACCAGCCUAACAGAAUGAUGGCUAACACUCCUGGUAAUGGUAUUGCCUCUCCACAUUCACAGUAUCACAGUACGCCUGUUUCUCAGGUGCCCCAUGGUGGUAGCCAAAUGGGCGUCUAUCCUGGUAUGCAAAAUGACAGGCAUGGAGCGCCAUUUGUGGACAGUGGUUCUAUGUGGGGACCUAGGGCAGUGCAAGUGCCCGAUCAGAUAAGGCCAACAUACCAGCAGCAACAGUCCCAGCAGCAACCACAGACACCUUCUGCUCCUCAAGGUCCCUCUCAUCCUCAACAUGUUCAGCAAAUGGGCAAUUACAUGGUUCGGGGAGAUUUUUCAAUGCAGCAACAUGGUCCACUACAGCCACAAAGAAUGAACCAGUUUUCACAAGGACAAGAUGGUCUUAACCAAGGAAAUCCCUAUCUUGGUGGUGCAGGGCCUGGGCACAUGUCUCAUGUCCCACAACAAAAUCCAAAUAUGGGGCCUUCACUGCGUCAUUCAGUCCAGCAAUUUCAUCAUCAUCCCCCCGCUACUCUGCAUGGAGAAUCUGUUGCUCACAGUCCUAGAUUUUCUCCCAAUCCUCCUCAGCAGGGUGCAGUUAGGCCGCAGUCCCUUAAUUAUAACUCUAGAAACCAGACUGUACCUUCACCUACGCUAAACAACUCAGGGCAGUAUUCCCGUUAUCCUUAUAGUAACCUUAAUCAGGGAUUAGUUAAUAAUACAGGGAUGAAUCAGAACUUAGGCCUUACAAACAGCACUCCAAUGACUCCGUCUGUACCUAGAUACCCAAAUGCUGUGGGGUUUCCAUCAAAUAGUCAAGGACUGAUGCACCAGCAACCCAUUCAUCCUAGCGGCUCACUUAACCAAAUGAACACACAAACUAUGCAUCCUUCACAGCCUCAGGGAUAUGCUUCUCCACCUCCCAUGUCGCCCUUGAAAGCAAUGAGCAAUCCAGCAGGCACCCCUCCUCCACAAGUUAGGCCUGGCAGUGCAGGGAUUCCUAUGGAUGUUGGAAGUUACCCAAAUAUGCCCCAUCCUCCAGCUCAUCAGCCCCCUGGCAACAUGGGCAUGGGACAAAGAACCAUUGGUCCCCGGAACAUGCCGCAAGGCCAGGCCUUCAUGGGUAUGUCUUCAACACCAAGGGAGAUGGGUGGGCAUAUGAGACCAAAUGGCUGUCCAGGAGUUAGCCAUGCAGAUCCACAGGCAAUACAAGAACGGAUGAUGUCUGGCCAACAGCAUCCCAGUCAUCAGUCUUUUCAGCAGCAAAUGGCAAACUGUCAGCCUCAUCCAGCUAUGCACCAUCAGUCUUCACCAUCUUCACAUUCUCAUCAUCAACCAUGGACUUCGCUUCACCAGUCACCUCAGAAUACCCCUCAGAAAGUGCCUGUUCAUCAGCAUUCCCCAUCGGAACCUUUUCUUGAUAAUCCUGUGCCGGAUAUGACUCGACUUGGUGGUCCCAAUGCCUCUUUAUUGAACACAGAAGAUUUUUUGCCAUCACUGCAGUCUCCUCCACCACAAAAGAAGAGGAAGAAAAAAAACAACCACAUUACUGCGGAUAAUGCAAACUUUGGUCAGGAAGGUUUUCUUGGGGAAAAUCCAGAUCUUUCCAUUGAGGGAGCGCCUGGUGGAAAGAAGAAGAAAAAGCCUAAGGUUAAAAAAGAGCCCAAGGAGCCAAAAGAGCCUAAAGCAAAGAAAGAGCCCAAGGAACCUAAGGCUCCAAAACAGCCCAAAACUCCCAAAGAGCCAAAAGAGAAAAAGGUGAAAACUCCCAAACCCAAGACCAGCAAAAAGGCAAAUAAGUCUGAUGCUGAGGGAAGUGCACAAAAGAAGAAGGUUGUCAAAGUAAAGCCCGAAGGUGCUGAAAAUGAAGAAAAUGCAGAGAAAUUGAUUACUACUCCACCCCCUUCUUCAUCAUCACCACCACCACCAGCAGCACCAGCACUAGCAUCACCAGUAGCACCACCAGCCCCAGAAGAGGAGGAUGACUCUGGAGUACAGAAAAGGCGAUCCAGCCGACAGGUUAAAAGGAAACGCUACACAGAAGAUCUGGAAUUUAAGAUUUCAGACGACGAGCCUGACGAUCUUGAUGGAAGAGACUCGCCUUCCAAUCUGUCACAAUCCGAACUGCAGGAUGAAGGACCUGUUGUGGAGAAGAUAAUGAGCAGCCGUAUGACAAAGAAACUGCUGGAGUCUGGGGAGGAAGUAGAAGUGGAAGAAUUUUAUGCGAAGUACAAGAACUUUUCUUAUUUGCACUGCCAGUGGGCCUCUCUGGAGGAUCUGGAGAAAGACAAGAGGAUUCAACAAAAAAUUAAGCGUUUUCGGGCAAAGCAGGGCCAGAACAAGUUCCUCUCAGAGAUUGAAGAUGAUCUAUUUAAUCCUGACUAUGUGGAAAUUGAUCGGAUACUAGAUGUCUCCACCGGCGCAGACGAGAAUGGAGAGCCCGUGACACACUAUUUGGUGAAGUGGUGCUCCCUCCCCUACGAAGACAGUACAUGGGAGCUGAAACAGGACUUGGAUCCAGCAAAGAUUGAAGAAUUUGAGAAACUCCAGAGCAGAGAGCCAGCAACAGAGCGCGUGGAGCGACCUCCUGCCGACGAGUGGAAGAAAUCGGAGAGUUCCAGGGAGUAUAAAAACAAUAACAGUCUCAGGGAAUACCAGUUGGAAGGAGUGAAUUGGCUGCUGUUCAAUUGGUACAACACGCGAAAUUGCAUCUUGGCUGAUGAAAUGGGUUUGGGGAAAACAAUCCAGUCAAUUACCUUCCUAUAUGAGAUCUUCUUGAAGAGCAUUCACGGUCCAUUCUUGGUCAUUGCGCCACUGUCAACGAUCCCUAACUGGGAGAGAGAAUUCCGCACAUGGACAGAACUGAAUGUUAUAGUUUAUCACGGGAGCCAAGCAAGCAGGAAAACCAUACAACUCUAUGAAAUGUACUUUAAAGAUUCACAGGGCAAAGCAAUAAAGGGUGCCUACCGGUUCCAUGCCAUCAUUACAACAUUUGAAAUGAUUCUGACAGACUGCCCUGAGCUCAGAAACAUCCACUGGCGAUGUGUGAUUAUUGAUGAGGCUCACCGGCUAAAAAACAGAAACUGUAAGCUCUUGGAAGGACUAAAGAUGAUGGAUUUGGAACAUAAAGUGCUGCUAACAGGGACCCCUUUGCAAAACACUGUGGAGGAGCUUUUCAGCCUGCUGAACUUCCUUGAACCUGAACGCUUCCCAUCAGAGAGCAAUUUCAUGCUAGAAUUUGGCGAUCUAAAAACGGAAGAACAGGUACAAAAGCUUCAAGCUAUACUGAAACCGAUGAUGUUAAGACGUCUUAAGGAAGAUGUUGAGAAGAAUUUGGCCCCAAAGGAAGAAACCAUUAUAGAAGUAGAGCUGACAAACAUCCAGAAGAAAUAUUACAGAGCCAUCUUGGAGAAGAAUUUUUCUUUCCUUUCCAAGGGAGGUGGUGGUGGCCAUGCAAAUGUUCCUAACCUUCUAAACACUAUGAUGGAGCUGAGAAAAUGCUGCAAUCAUCCUUACCUUAUUAAUGGUGCUGAAGAGAAAAUUUUGGAAGAAUUUAGGGAACUGCACAGCAGUGACCUUCCAGAUUUUCCGCUCCAGGCUAUGAUCCAGGGCGCUGGCAAACUAGUUCUUAUUGACAAGCUGCUGCCAAAACUGAAGGCUGGUGGCCACAGGGUGCUCAUCUUCUCCCAGAUGGUGCGGUGCUUGGACAUUCUGGAAGACUACCUCAUCCAACGCAGAUACCCAUAUGAGAGAAUUGAUGGCAGAGUGAGAGGCAACCUUCGCCAGGCUGCUAUUGACAGAUUUUCCAAGCCAGAUUCUGAUAGGUUUGUGUUCCUGCUGUGUACAAGGGCAGGAGGUCUGGGCAUUAAUUUAACUGCUGCUGAUACUUGCAUUAUCUUUGAUUCCGACUGGAACCCCCAGAAUGACCUUCAGGCGCAAGCUCGGUGCCAUCGGAUUGGACAGAGUAAAUCUGUGAAAAUUUAUCGCCUGAUCACAAGAAAUUCCUAUGAGCGUGAAAUGUUUGAUAAGGCUAGCCUGAAACUUGGCUUGGAUAAGGCAGUUCUGCAGUCCAUGAGUGGAAGAGAGAAUGCUACUAAUGGGGUACAGCAACUGUCCAAGAAGGAAAUAGAAGACCUUCUACGGAAAGGGGCAUAUGGGGCACUAAUGGAUGAGGAAGAUGAAGGCUCAAAGUUCUGUGAGGAAGAUAUCGAUCAAAUCCUUUCCAGGAGAACCCACACCAUCACUAUAGAAUCAGAAGGAAAAGGCUCCACCUUUGCAAAAGCCAGUUUUGUUGCCUCUGGGAAUCGGACAGAUAUUUCUUUGGAUGACCCUAAUUUCUGGCAGAAGUGGGCUAAGAAAGCAGAGCUCGAUCUUGAUGUAUUGAAUGGAAGGAACACACUGGUAAUUGACACACCACGGGUAAGGAAGCAGACAAGACAUUUCAGUGCAGUAAAGGAAGAUGAUCUUAUGGAGUUCUCCGACCUGGAGAGUGAAGCCGAGGACAAACCUAGCAUUAAACCACGUCGGUCUCAGGACAAGUCCCAUGGCUAUGCGAGAAGUGAAUGUUUCAGAGUUGAAAAAAACCUGCUGGUCUAUGGGUGGGGCCGAUGGACAGAGAUCCUUUCCCACGGGCGCUUCAAGCGUCAACUUACAGAACAAGACGUGGAAACCAUCUGCCGUACCAUUUUGGUGUACUGUCUCAACCAUUACAGAGGGGACGAGAACAUCAAAAGCUUUAUCUGGGAUCUAAUCACACCAACAGAAGAUGGCCAGACUCGGGCUCUGGUAAACCACUCAGGCCUAUCUGCUCCGGUACCCAGGGGUAGGAAAGGAAAGAAGGUGAAAAGCCAGAAUUCGCAGCCUGUGUUCAAGCAUGCAGAUUGGCUCCCCAGCUGCAAUCCCGACACCUUGUUUCAGGAGGAUAGCUACAAAAAGCAUCUUAAGCAUCACUGUAACAAGGUCCUGCUGCGUGUCCGCAUGCUCUACUAUCUCAGGCAAGAAGUGAUAGGGGACCAAGCUGACAAAAUCAUGGAGGGUGCUGACUCAAGUGAAUUAGAUGUUUGGAUACCAGAGCCCUUCCAUGCAGAAGUUCCUACAGAUUGGUGGGAUAAUGAAGCUGAUAAAUCCCUUUUAAUUGGCGUCUUUAAACAUGGUUAUGAGAAGUAUAAUUCCAUGCGGGCUGAUUCGGCGUUGUGUUUCCUGGAGAGAGUCGGCAUGCCUGAUGCAAAAGCUAUGGCUGCAGAGCAGAGAGGGACAGAUAUGCUGGCAGAUGGUGCUGAUGGGGGAGACUUUGAUCGCGAGGAUGAAGAUCCAGAAUACAAACCAGCAAGGCUUGCAUUUAAAGAUGAUAUGGAUGAAUAUGCAAACUCCCCUCUCGAGGACAAAGAAGAAUGCAUGGAAAUGGACACGCAAGCUGCAGAGAAGAUGGUUGAAGGCAGCACAGAGAUGGGAAAACUGUACUGGCCUCAUACUUCAGCCCUUACUACCCGCCUGCGGCGUCUAAUCACUGCCUACCAACGCAGCUAUAAGCGCCAGCAAAUGAGGCAAGAGGCCCAGCUGAAAACGGACCGAAGAAGACGGCGUCCUCGGGAAGAAGUAAGGGCUUUGGAAGCAGAAAGGGAAGCAAUUAUAACAGAAAGACGGCAAAAAUGGACAAGAAGGGAGGAGGCUGACUUCUAUCGUGUAGUGUCAACAUUUGGAAUAGUUUUUGACUUUACAAAACAGAAUUUUGACUGGAACCAGUUCAGAGCUUUCGCCCGUCUGGAUAAAAAAUCUGAUGAUAGUCUGGAGAAGUAUUUCAACUGCUUUGUGGCUAUGUGCCGAAGAGUUUGUAGAAUGACCAGCAAGCCUGAUGAUGAUCUUUGCGAUCUCGCUACAGUAAUUGAGCCCAUAACGGAGGAACGUGCUUCUAGAACUCUUUAUCGCAUUGAACUUUUGCGAAAAAUUCGGGAGCAAGUACUUACUCACCCCCAACUAAAUGAGAGGCUUAAACUGUGCCAGCCAAGCCUUGACCUUCCAGAAUGGUGGGAGUGUGGAAAACAUGAUAGAGACUUGUUGGUUGGUGCCUCGAAACAUGGAGUUAGUAGGACAGAUUAUCAUAUUCUUAAUGAUCCCGAUUUGUCUUUUCUGGAAGCUCAUAGGAAUUUUGCUCAAAACCGAGGGAGCACGCAUCCUAAUAUGCCCAUCCUUCUACCGCCUGGAUCCAGUUAUAGUGACACACCCCCUAUAAUGCCCUCUUCUCCUGUGCGGGAUGAAAAAUCUGGAGACCAGGAGGAAAUUAAAUCUGAAAAAGUUGAAGAGAUAGACAUAAAGGAAGAAGCAACGGUUAAAAAUGAACCUGUAGAGCCGGAGGAGAAACCUGUAAAACAGGAAAAUGACUCUGAAACGGUUUCUGUUAAGGAGGAAAUUAAAACCUCAGAGCUUACUCCAGAUGCCGAUCCAAAAUCCAUUUCUGAGAAGGGAUCGGAAGAAGAUGAAGAAAAAUUAGAUGAGGAUGAUGAUAAAUCUGAAGAAUCUUCCCAGGCAGAAGCUGGGCUAGCUUCUCAGGACAAAAACUUUGACGAGGAAAGCAAUGCCUCGUUGAGUACAGCGCGGGAUGAAACACGAGAUGGCUUUUUCCUAGAGGACUGUGAGCCGUCCGGGCUUCAUAUGCUACGAGAGAGGACCUUCUCAUUCUCCUUCUGGCCUAAGGAUCGUCUGAUUAUCAACCGAUUAGACCACAUCUGUGAGACCGUGCUGAAAGGAAAGUGGCCAGUAAACAGACGCCAGAUGUUUGAGUUCCCCGGGCUCAUCCCUGGAUGCACACCAACUGCCAUGGACAGCCCGAUGCAGAAGAGAAGCUUUGCUGAACUCUCCAUGGUGGCCCAGGGCAACUUCAGUGGAAGUGAAGAGAUCACUGCUUCCCCACAACUGUCUCAGGAAACCGCUAUGAGUUUGACAGUACCUCGUCAGCGAAGGCGGAGGAGGAGGAAGAUAGAGGUUGAAGCAGAAAGAGCUGCAAAGAGGAGGAAUCUAAUGGAAAUGGUGGCUCAGUUACGUGGAUCUCAGAUGGGAGCAGAAAAUGGACAAGAGAAAGUUGUGGAUUUAUCAAAUGCCUCCAGGGAGGCUACAAGUUCUACCUCAAAUUUUUCAUCUCUUAAUCCUAAAUUUAUCUUGCCUAAUUCAUCCACCCCUGUCUCUGAUGCCUUUAAAACCCAAAUGGAGCGACUGCAGGCAGGUCUUUCUUGCACGCCGACUAGGCAUCUCCUCAAUGGUUCUCUAAUAGAUGGAGAGCCUCCAAUGAAGAGGAGAAGAGGAAGAAGGAAAAACGUAGAAGGUCUUGAUCUAUUGUUCAUGAGCAACAGACGGACUUCCUUAUCUACGGAAGAUACCGAUGUGACCAAAGCAUACGAUGAUGAUAUUGAAACGCCACCAGCAAGAAACAUUCCAUCUCCCGGGCAGCUGGAGCCAGACACCCGGAUCCCCGUCAUUAACCUGGAGGAUGGGACCAGACUAGUUGGGGAGGAUGCUCCAAAAAAUAAGGACUUGGUUGAAUGGUUGAAACUGCAUCCUACUUACACUGUCGAUAUGCCAAGUUAUGUACCAAAGAGCGCGGAUAUGUUGUUCUCCCCAUUUCAAAAACCUAAACAGAAGCGUCACAGAUGCCGGAAUCCUAACAAGCUGGAUAUUAACACAUUAACGGGAGAUGAAAGAGUGCCUGUAGUGAAUAAGCGCAAUGGAAAAAAGAUGGGUGGAGCGAUGGCUCCUCCAAUGAGGGAUCUUCCUCGUUGGCUUGAAGAAAACCCUGAAUUUGCUGUUGCUCCAGACUGGACGGACAUAGUUAAGCAGUCUGGUUUUGUACCGGAAUCCAUGUUUGAUCGUCUUCUCACUGGACCUGUUAUAAGGGAGGAGGGAGCCAGCCGAAGAGGGAGAAGGCCAAAAAGUGAAAUUGCCAAAGCAGCUGCUGCUGCCGCUGCUGCAGCCUCGACGUCUGGAAUCAAUCCACUGCUGAUGAAUAGCCUCUUUGCUGGAAUGGAUCUUGCUAGUCUUCAGAAUCUUCAGAACCUGCAGUCUCUCCAGCUUGCCGGUCUUAUGGGGUUCCCUUCAGGCCUUGCAACAGCCACUGGAGGGGAUGGUAAAAAUCCUACUGCCAUGCUGCCUCUGAUGCUGCCAGGUCUACCUAACAUGUUUGGGCUUAGCGGGCUCUUAAAUCACCAAUUAGCAGCUGGCAAUGGUGGGAAUACUACUACAUCUUCAGGUCAAGGAGAAACCGAAGAUGGCACUUCAAAGUCUGAUGAGAAAAAAAUGGAAACUGACGAGGAUGGCAAAGACUCUGACAAAACUACAGACUCUGUUUCUGCUACUGACUCUGUUGCUGCUACUACUGCAGCAGGAUUGGCUGCAAAUUCUCUGGCCUUCAGCCCUUUCCUACUGUCUACCAUGGCUCCAGGCCUUUUCUACCCCUCCAUGUUUCUACCUCCAGGGCUAGGAGGACUGACGUUGCCUGGUUUUCCAUCACUAGCUGGACUUCAGAGUACUGUAAGCGCUAGUGAGGAAAAGGCCACUGACAAAGGGGAAACAGAGAACCAGGAAGCCAGCGAUGCAGAUGAGACCCUGGACAAAACAGCAGACUCAUCCGUUUUGGAAGAUGACAUAGCACACGAAGAAGAAUUGGACUCACCCGAAGGCGGGGAGGAGGACGAAAAAGACAAUUAAACGGUCUCAGUUACAGUGUUCUAAACUUUUUCAAGUGGUAGUCCUACUGUUUACACUCACAGUAAAUGUCCAUAGUUUUUAUAAGCUGUUCUGUAAAAUAGUGUAGCAAAAAAGAAAAAAAGGAAAAAGUCCAAGUCAUGUCACACGGAUGUGUCAAAAAAGGUAUUUUGGUCAUUAAGUAUUGUGCAGUGCAUUAUUUAUAAUUUCUAGGAAAAAGUUUUGGAGAAUGAAUUUUUUUUUCUAAAGGAAAUUGACAUAAUGCUCUGCAGCUCUUUAUUUUUAUUAUUAUUAUUUUUUUACCGUUGGUAUUACGAAAGCAGCAAUUUUGUUUGAAAUCAUGGUGCAAAAACGAAGGACAGGCUGCUUAAGGAAUUAUGAAGUUAUUUAUCUUUUUUUUUUUCUUUUUUUUUUUUUCAUUUCUUUUUGCUGUGAAGGUCAAGAUUUUUUUUUUUUUUUUUCCUACAUAUCAAUUUUUUUUGACUGUAUAUGAGGGUUCCACACACACAACCAUUUCAGACAAUCUCCACAACCUAGAACGUCUCAAUCUGGAGGCACAGCAAUACAAGGCAGCUGUUGAAUGUGAAACGCUAUCCUGUAUAUUUUUUUUUUUUCCUAUUUUGAACACACUCACUGCGGAAGUCAUUACAGGACAAAACUACAGUUAAGUCGUCUCAUGAUUUUUUAAUGCACUGGUCGAAACAUAAAAUUUAAAAUCAGGUACCUUUUUUGUUUGUUUUUUUUGUUUUUUUUUCUCCUUUUUAUUUUUAAUUUAAAGGAUGGACUUUGUUACGUUAGCCACAAAGCUAAACAGCAUUACCUCAACUCUAAACUAGCCUUGAAGUUUACAGACAUGACUUUGUAAAUGUUUGUGUUUUUAUUUUCCUUUUCUCUUUUUGUGUUUUUUUUUUUCUUUUUCUUUUUUUUUGGAAAACUGCUAUCAUGUAAGAUAAACUGUAAAUUGCUGCCAACAGUAGUAAUGAUGCUUUUAAUAAAAGUGAUCCAUGAGAUGCAGUGAUGUAAUUAGAGAUAACGUAGAAGUGUCUAGGGAAACCAAAUCAGAACUGGUGUACACCACUUUAUAUUUUGUAUUCACAAUAGAAGCAAAUACAGUAUUAUGGCUUUUGUA